GCUCCCCCACCCCUCUCUACACGCCCCCACACACAUUCCUCCGCAACGACGCUCGUCCCGAAUCGCAAAGUCCACGCGUCCUCCUCGUCGCUCCGACGCAUAUACACGGGUGGGGAGUAAACCGGUGAAGGGCGGUCGCACGUACGUGUCGCGAGGGCAUUGGUCGGCGCUGGCCCGGGGGGAGAUGGACGGAGGGGAGGCGAUGCGGGUGGGGCCGUACCUGAUCGGGCGGACGAUCGGCGAAGGAAGCUUCGCGAAGGUGAAGGCGGCGCGGCGCGCCGACACCGGCGGCGCCGGGUUCGCCCUCAAGAUCAUCCUCCGCUCCCGCGUCGGCUCCGACCUGAAAAUCCACGACCAGAUAAAGAGGGAGAUUGGGACGCUGAAGAUGCUCCGGCACCCUAAUGUCGUUCGCCUUUACGAGGUUUUGGCAAGCAAAACCAAAAUAUUCCUGGUCCUUGAACAUGUUACCGGAGGCGAGCUAUUCGACAAAAUAGAAUCGAAGGGGAGGAUUUCGGAGCGCGAAGGACGAAAGCUCUUCCAGCAGCUAAUUGAUGCUGUGAGCUAUUGCCAUGACAAGGGAGUCUACCACAGGGACUUGAAGCCUGAGAAUGUGCUUCUUGAUGCAAAAGGAAACAUCAAGAUUUCCGACUUUGGUCUUAGCGCAUUACCUCAACAAAUCGGGGUCGAUGGUCUUUUGCACACAACCUGCGGUAGUCCUAAUUAUGUCGCUCCGGAGGUUCUUGCCAAUCGAGGUUACGACGGCGCCAAGUCCGAUUUGUGGUCUUGUGGUGUCAUCUUAUAUGUUAUCCUCACAGGAUGCCUUCCGUUCGACGAUCAAAAUCUCACUCUUCUUUAUCACAAGAUUUCGAAGAGUGAGGUCCACAUCCCUAAAUGGCUUUCUCCUGGCGCGCAAAACUUAAUAAAAAGGAUGCUCGACCCCAAUCCUAUAACUAGGAUAAACAUGGAUCAACUGAAAGAAGAUAAUUGGUUUAAGCAAGAUUACGUCCCGGUUAUGCCUGAAGGAGAUGAAGAAGAAGAUAUGCUCUCAGAUGAUGAAUCCUGCGUGAUCAAAGAGGUUGCAGAAGCAGAUCAUGGACACGAGAAUACGCACAACCACAUUAACGCUUUCGAGCUAAUCGGAAUGUGUUCGUCGCUUGAUCUCUCUGGUUUCUUUGAACAAGAGGAUGUCUCCGAAAGAAGAAUCAGAUUCACAUCAACUCUCUCACCAAAGGAUCUAUUCGAUAGGAUCGAGGAAAUUGUCACAGAAAUGGGGUUUCAUGUGCGCAAAGGACAUGCCAAGUUGAAGGUAAUUCAGCCAUGUAAGGGAUCCACAUGCCCUAGGUCCCUUCUAAUGGUCGUCGAGGUCUUUGAGAUCAACUCGUCGUUGUACGUCGUUGAAUUGAGAAAAUCGCACGGAGUUUCUGCGUCAUAUAGACAGAUAUGCGCGAAGAUACUAGAUGAUCUUGGAGUUUGUAAAAGCGCGGACGUCGCGACGACCAACCAGUCCUUAAUGCAGGAGCACAGUACUGCUGCAUUGGAGGGGGAGAGGAAAUUUACCAUCGCUGCGGCCUGAUUUCUUCGUCGUAUUCUUAUCGGAGAAUUCAAGGGCUGUUUUGCGAUAUUUUUCCGAACCUGCACAUUACACAGUUUAGAACUAGUUUUAGUAUAUAUGAGCAUUUGCAUAGAGCAAGUGUGGUUUGAUCAAACAGCUAUAUUUUUUUUUUGUAAAUGCUGUAUUGUAUCAAAAUAAUUGAAGGGGGUGUUGAGUAAUUGUAUACCACACACCCUCUUAUUGUAGCUUGCAUUGCAUUUCAUGACUUUGAGGUGAUUGUGUAGUUAUUAAUUGUUGGGACAAACAAAUUGUUGUGUAGAUAAUUUGGAUUUUGUAUCAUCUUAAAGUUCAAUAUGUAGUGUGUGAGAUAAA